UUCAGACUGACUGAAGUCCAGAGGAUGAGUGAUUGGGUGGAGGAAGACGAGGACCGACCAGAGUCCUCAGGAUCCAUUUCUUUCAACACCGACCAGUCCAAAGACGAUCCUUCAGUCCUAGGUAAUAAACCUGGAUCUUUAGCUGCAAGAGGGAGGAAGAGGAGUGAUGUCUCUGUGGAGGAGCAGCUGUCCUACUGUGCUCUGUGUCAGUACAUCCUGAAGGAUCCAGUCUCUACCAGCUGUGGACACUGGUUCUGCAGACAGUGCAUCACCUCAUACUGGGACCAGUCUGGUUCUUCAGGAGACUCCUCCUGUCCCCAGUGUGGACAAAGACCCAGAACAAGACCUGGACUGCAGACAGCCAGUCAGACCAGCACUGAACAAACAGAUAGUGGUCUGCAGGAGGUUUUACAUCAACAUAAGAUCAGUCUGAGGAGCAGAUGUGAACAUGUGACUGAAGGAACUGAUGGAACAGGAAGUGGAACCCUCCUCAACAGGAUCUACACUGAGCUCUACAUCACAGAGGGACAGAGUGAAGAGGUUAAUACCCAACAUGAGGUGAUUCAGUUGGAGACCCUCCAUGACGCUCCAAUCAAGUGCCACGACAUCUUUAAAGUCUUACCUGACCAGCAGAGACCCAUCAGAGUGGUUCUGACCAACGGCGUUGCUGGUGUUGGAAAAACCUUCUCGGUGCAGAAGUUCUCUCUGGACUGGGCAGAGGGCUUGGAGAACCAAGAUGUCAGUCUGCUGGUUCUGCUUUCGUUCAGGGAGCUGAACCUGAUCAGAGAUCAGCGGUACAGUCUUCUCAGGCUGCUCCAUGUUUUCCAUCCAACAUUACAGAAGGUCACAGCAGAGCAGCUCGCUGUCUGUAAAGUUCUGUUCAUCUUUGACGGCCUGGAUGAAAGCAGACUGUCACUGGAUUUCAACAACAGGAAGUCUGUGUCUGAUGUCACACAGGAGUCAUCAGUCAACGUGCUGCUGACAAACCUCAUCAGGGGGAAUCUGCUUCCCUCGGCUCUCGUCUGGAUAACUUCCAGACCUGCGGCGGCCAAUCAGAUCCCUCCUACAUGUGUGGACAGGGUAACAGAAGUACGAGGCUUCACUGACGCCCAGAAGGAGGAGUACUUCAGGAGGAGAUCCAGUGAUGAAGAGCUGUCCAGCAGAAUCAUCUCACACAUCAAGACGUCCAGGAGCCUCCACAUCAUGUGUCAAGUCCCAGUCUUCUGCUGGAUCACUGCUACAGUUCUGGAGCACAUGUUGACCACAGACCAGAGAGGAGAGCUGCCCCAGACCCUGACUGACCUGUUCUCACACUUCCUGCUGGUUCAGACACAGAGGAAGAAGAACAAGUACCAUGAGGGACGUGAGACGAGUCCACAGGAGCUGACGGAGGCUGACGGGGAAGUUCUUCUGAAGCUGGGGAGGCUGGCGUUUGAACAUCUGGAGAAAGGAAACAUCAUGUUCUACCAAGAAGACCUGGAGCAGUGUGGUCUUGAUGUCACAGAGGCCUCGGUGUACUCAGGACUUUGUACUGAGAUCUUCAGAAGAGAGAGUGUGAUCUUCCAGAAAACAGUCUACUGCUUUGUUCAUCUGAGCGUUCAGGAGUUUCUGGCUGCAGUCUACAUGUUCCACUGUUACACCAACAGCAAGACAGAGGUCCUGGAGAACUUCCUGGGAGAAGACUAUAUUGACCCAUCGCCUGAUGUCUUCCUGGGGGCAGCCAUGGAGAAAUCCACCAGAAGUAGAAACGGUCACCUGGACCAGUUUGUUCGCUUCCUUCAUGGCCUCUCUCUGGAGUCCAACCAGAGACUCUUAGGAGGUCUGCUGGGUCAGAGAGAGAACAGUCCAGAAACCAUCCAGAGAGCCAUCACCAACCUGAAGAAGAUGAACACUUAUGAUAUCUCUCCUGACAGAAGCAUCAACAUCUUCCACUGUCUGAUGGAGAUGAAGGAUCACUCAGUUCAUCAGGAGAUCCAAGAGUUCCUGGAGUCAGAGAACAGAUCAGAGAAGAGACUCUCUCUGAUCCACUGCUCAGCUCUGGCCUACAUGCUGCAGAUGUCAGAGGAGGUUCUGGAUGAGUUGGACCUGGAGAAGUUCAACACAUCAGAGGAGGGACGACGGAGACUGAUCCCAGCUGUGAGGAACUGCAGGAAGGCUGAAUUUUCUGGCUGUCGACUCUUCGAGACUCACUGUGAAGUUGUGGUCUCAGCUCUGAAGUCCAACCCCUCCCAUCUGAGAGAACUGGACCUGAGCUUCAACGACCUGCAGGAUUCAGGAGUGAAGCUGUUGUCUGUUGGACUGGAGAGUCCAAACUGUGGACUGGAGACUCUGAGAUUGAGGUCCUGCAGUUUGUCAGCGAUCAGCUGUUCUUCUCUGGCCUCAGCUCUGAAGUCCAACCCCUCCCACCUGAGAGAACUGGACCUCAGUCACAACAAGCUGCAGGAUUCAGGAGUGAAUCAGCUGUGUGGUUUUCUGGAGAGUCCAGACUGUCGACUGGAGACUCUGAGAUUGAAGAACUGCAUGCUAUCAGAGAUCAGCUGUUCUUCUCUGGCCUCAGCUUUGAAGUCCAACCCCUCCCAUCUGAGAGAACUGGACCUGAGUGAAAACUGGGACCUGCAGGAUUCAGGAGUGCAACUAUUGCGUGGUUUUCUGGAGAGUCCAGACUGUAGACUGGAGACUCUGAGAUUGAUGAACUGCAGUUUGACAGAGAUCAGCUGUUCUUCUCUGGCCUCAGCUCUGAAGUCCAACCCCUCCCACCUGAGAGAACUGGACCUGAGUGAAAACAACAAGGUGCAGGAUUCAGGAGUGAAGCAUCUGUGUGGUUUUCUGGAGAGUCCAGACUGUCGACUGGAGACUCUGAGAUUGGGGUACUGCUGGUUGUCAGAGAUCAGCUGUUCUUCUCUGGCCUCAGCUCUGAAGUCCAACCCCUCCCACCUGAGACACCUGAACCUGAGCUACAACCUGCUGCAGGAUUCAGACCUGAAGGAUCUGUGUGAUCUUAUGGAGAGUCCAGACUGUCGACUGGAAACUCUCAGAUUGGGUCGCUGCAGUUUGUCGAAGAUCAGCUGUUCUUCUCUGACCUCAGCUCUGAAGUCCAACCCCUCCCACCUGAGAGAACUGGACCUGAGAGUAAACAACCUGCAGGAUUCAGGAGUGAAGCAGCUGUGUGGUUUUCUGGAGAGUCCAGACUGUGGACUGGAGACUCUGAGGUUGACUGGCUGCAGUUUGUCAGAGAUCAGCUGUUCUUCUCUGACCUCAGCUCUGAAGUCCAACCCCUCCCACCUGAGAGAACUGGACCUGAGUCACAACGAGCUGCAGGAUCCAGGUGUGAAGCAGCUGUGUGGUUUUCUGGAGAGUCCAGACUGUCGACUGGAGACUCUGAGGUUGAAACUCUGCAGUUUGUCAGAGAUCAGCUGUUCUUCUCUGACCUCAGCUCUGAAGUCCAACCCCUCCCACCUGAGAGAACUGGACCUGAGUAACAACAGGCUGCAGGAUUCAGGAGUGAAGGAUCUGUGUGGUUUUCUGGAGAGUCCAGACUGUCGACUGGAGACUCUGAGGUUGAGUCACUGCUGGUUGUCAGAGAUCAGUUGUUCUUCUCUGGCCUCAGCUCUGAAGUCCAACCCCUCCCACCUGAGAGAACUGGACCUGAGUGGAAACUUCCUGCAGGAUCCAGGAGUGAAGCAGCUGUGUGGUUUUCUGGAGAGUCCAGACUGUCGACUGGAGACUCUGAGAUUGAGGUCCUGCAGGUUGUCAGAGAUCAGCUGUUCUUCUCUGACCUCAGCUCUGAAGUCCAACCCCUCCCACCUGAGAGAACUGGACCUGAGUGACAACAACAAGCUGCAGGAUCCAGGUGUGAAGCAGCUGUGUGGUUUUCUGGAGAGUCCAGACUGUGGACUGGAGACUCUGAGAUUUUGGCACUGCAGUUUGUCAGAGAUCAGCUGUUCUUCUCUGGUCUCAGCUCUGAAGUCCAACCCCUCCCACCUGAGAGAACUGGAGCUGGGAGAAAACUACAAUCUGCUGGAUUCAGACCUAGAGGAUCUGUCUCAUCUUGUGGAGAGUCCAGACUGUCGAUUAGAGACUCUGAGGGUCAAUGGCAAGGUGACUAAAGCUUCCAGAGACAAAACCAGUGACUCUGAUGUCAAACUGGACCCAAACACAGCAGAGAGGAAGAUGGAGGUGUCAGAGGACGACACAGAGCUGAUGAAGCGUCCAUCAAGCUUCACACCUGAACGGAAAACUGAAUCUACAAAAGUCUCAUACAGGUUCAGGUGUCCUGGUCCAGGUGGGUUCCAGUGUUCUUUGACUGGACUGGUUUUUGUUGUGGGUCAGGAGGCGGAGCUGCUCUACAGGACUGUCCAAUGGGAUGAGAGCCUCCUCCAAUCAGCUGGAAAGACGCCAGCAGGGCCGCUGUUCAAUAUCCAGUGUCCUGAAGAUGCUGUGUGUGAGCUCCACCUCCCACACUGUGAAACAAAGGACGCGUUGCGUUAUGAAGGCCUGCUGUCUGUCGUCCACAUCAGUGAUGAUGGACUGAGCAUCUUGGAGCCGCUGGAGGUCACGGACACUCAUGUGGUGGUGAAGGUCCCUCACCUCUCUGCCUUUGGCCUGGUCUGGGAUACAGUGAAACGGUUUCUGAACAUCAAACUGCCAGUAAACGGACAAGUCCUGCUGUUUGUCCGACCUCCAGAUCCAUGGCCUCCGGUACUGGAUGUAUUUCUGCUGCAGGACAACAUCCCUGUGUCAGAGGUUGCCGCCCAACAAGGAGAUGCUGAAAACAUCAAGAUCUCUGCUGACUGUAAACUGAGCAUGGGUCAAACUUACAGUGUCCACUGUGAACCUGAGGAUGUAGAAAUACAGCCGGAGUGCAUGCAGUUUCACUCAAGGUAUGGAGCAAAUUUCCAUCCAACAUUUGAGGUUUUCUUGACGUCGAACCCCAAGAAAGUGACUGUGACGGUCCAAGACAAGAAGAGGAGAGACGUCUGGAAACGUACCUUUUAUCUGCCAGUGAGUGUGCAGCCUGCUGCUGAAGAAGAAGAAGGUUUGUGCUCAGAGGAUCCAACAUCGUUAAAUCAAGGUCGUGGUCCAUCAGGGACUCCGGGUGUCCCAACAUGGUCUAUGAGUGUCCUAGCAUGGACUCUGAGUGUCCUAGCAUGGACUUCGAAGGUCCCGUUAUGGACUCUGAAUAUCCCAGCCGAAAAGAAGCUGAUGUCUGUCCGAACACAGUUUAUCAACAGGGUGUCUGAACCUGUUCUACAUACGCUGCUGGAUAAACUCCUGGAGCGUGGGGUGAUAACUGAUGAUGAAAUGGAUUCUGCUGGAGCACUGAGCAGGGCAGACAAAGCUCGAAUGGUGAUCGACACGGUACGAAAAAAAGGAUCAGAAGCCAGUGCAGCUCUGAUCGCUGCUCUCCGUGAGGUAGAUUCAUGCCUGUCAACCGAGCUGAACUUAAUGUGAAGCAGGAACACUGUGUAUCAGGGUGUCAUCUUUUAUCCUGGAGUUUCUCUUUUAAACUGUUUCUCUGUUAUUUAAAAACAUUUGAUAUAAAACCUUAAAACUCCCAAACAUCAACAAAAAAAAGAGGUUUGAUUUUGAGGUGAAAUGAAAAUCUAUCCUGCUGUGGCUCAUCAAGAUUUGUACAUUGACACAAAUGUGGACGUGCAGUUACUGAAUAUUUGUUACUGAAGCUUUCAGGUCAAUAAAUACACUUUUUUAAAUCUCAAA